AUGAAGCUCGAGAUCGAUUCAUUCUCCGGGUACCGUAUCUACCCAAGCAAGGGCAAGCUUUUUGUCCGCGGCGACAGCAAAAUCUUCCGCUUCGCCAGCUCGAAAAAUGCCUCCCUCUUCUUGCAGCGCAAGAACCCCCGCAAGAUCGCCUGGACAGUAGUCUACCGCAAGAUGCACAAGAAGGGUAUCACGGAGGAGGUUGCCAAGAAGCGCUCGCGCAAGACCGUCAAGCACCAGCGAGGCAUAGUCGGUGCUGACCUUGCCGCCAUCGCCGCCAAGCGCAACCAGACCGCCGCCGUUCGCACACAACAACGGCUGGCUGCCAUCUCGAAGGCCAAGUCGGAGAAGAAGGAGAAGGAGACCAAGAAGGAGAAGACCAAGCCUGCGCGCACAUCUGCCCCCUCAGGCCCCAAGGUGUCCAAGCAACAGAUGAAGGGUGGCAAGGGAGGCCGAUAA